GCUGCCACUUGAUCGGUUGAGUAGGGGACCAGCCGGACACAUUUAUUUUUAGAAGAKUAGGUGCCGGUCAGACACAUGUUGUGGUAGGACUCCAACAGGGAGUUGUAGUACAGAUAGUGUUUGCCUAGUUGAUGAGUGGGUCAGACACCGAUGAGGGUAGAGUUGACGAUGCGAGGCUGACACGUUCGAGAUCACUUAGGGUCCCAGACGUGUUUCAAGCUCUACGGUCGGGGGACGAAAGACGGCUUCGUGUCGAAGUUAGAGCCCGUGCUUACGCAGCAGCGAGGGAAACAGGACUAGCUGCAAGUCAGGCGUCGGCAGCAGCAAACRCUGCAGCUAGGGAACGGGCAACAGCAGCCAGUGCAACAGCAAUGGCUACUGCCACAGCCUCCUCUGCUGCAUCCUCGUCUGGGACCCUGUUGGGAAUGCCCUCUGGGCCCACGGGUAGUUCCGAAUCAGUCUGUCAGCGGGACAAGCCGCGAACUCAAGCACCGCUUGGGUUGCUGAAGCCCUUACCUAUCCCCGCUGGUCCGGGACAGAGUGUUUCCGUGGACUUCAUGGACACCCUGGUAACCAGUAGGAGUGGCAAGAGGCACAUCUUUGUCAUCGUAGACCGAUUCACCAAGUAUGCUAGACUAAUUGCCAUGCCAGAGACGACGUGGACUGAACACGUCAUCAAGUUGUUUAUGGACAAUGGGGUGCGUCAUUUUGGACUGCCAAAGCCAAUCGUCAGUGAUAGGGAUGUCCGCUUUACAAAGGCAGCAGAAGCAAAACGUCAGCGACUUGCGCAAGAGGCGGCGGCCCAAGCUCAGUGGACUGUUGAGGCUGACGCAACGGCUCGAGACAAGUGGAACUCCGCCAACACGGAAUCCUUGAUUCAGAAUGAGAAUCAGUGGACAACACUACUCCAAGGCAUGAUCUUUGUGCCUACGGACGAGCAGGCGGAUCUGACACCGACGGAGGAAGAAAGGAGUAACCUGGCUAACUUGAUGUUGUGUAUGAUGAAGACGGUAAUGUGGAACAACACGAUGCAGACAGUGCACGCACACACUGGACGGAAGCUCAGACAGACUCAUGAGAGAGAGUCUUCAACAUUGACAGCCGCCAUCCGCGCAGCAGCACAACAUCAGCAACAACAGCAACAGUUGUUGGCAUCCACUAUCACACGCGUCAACAACAUUGAGGUUAAGCCCUCAGCAGUGCCAGGCUGCACGACAAACAUAGCGAAGCAGCCCGGAGAGCGCAUUGACCAUGUCGUCAACAUCAUCGGCGACCUGGGUGACUUUACUAGUCCUGCCACGAUCAGCAACACGGCCGCCAUCAAGACGGACAUCACCAAACUGCAGACACGAUCGGAAAUAGCUGCUAAGACAUUCAAGAUGCCACACUUCAACAUCGCCAAGUUCGACGACUACAACAAAACGGAUGCGUUAGCAUGGUGGCAAGCCUUCGUCACCGAAGCUGCCUGCCACCACGUACCAGAUGACCUGAUGAUGACAACACUCUACCUCCAACUCAUUGGAGGAGCACAGGCAUUCAUGAACCACAAGGCGGCCAAUCUGGGAACCACCAUCGUCGACCUGCACAAGCACAUCACGUGGGAGCAGCUCGAGCAAAUGUGGCACACUCGAUUCAUGGUCCGAAACGUAGUGAAUGUGGCCAUGAACGAGGUCUACUCCAACUCGCAAGGGAACAUGUCAACACGAGACUGGACGAUCAAGUGGCAGAAGGACCUCGACCCGCUCACGAGAGAGGACUUCUCUUGGAUGCCUCUACCCUCGACCGGAUCCUUGCCAAAACCGCAUUGUAACGCCUUGAUGGCAGAUCUACGCUCCUACUUGCAUGUUGCAAUACCAGCUCCGUUGACGGACGACGGAGUAGUGAUUGUCGAUCUCCGCUCCUAUCUUGAGAAGAUUGACCGUGAGUACGCCACCCAAAGCGGUCCCAUGGUGGACAAGCGGGCGGCCACGCUGCCGUCCAAGUACGACGGGAAGGUUGACAUCACCUCUUGGAUUAGUUCCAUGCGGUCGUACUUCGAGGUCAUGCGGACACCGCAAGAGGACCGAAGUAUGAUCAUGGGAACUAAUACCGAGCCUGCCGUACGAAACCACAUUGAGCUUCAAGUUGUUGCUGCAGGUUAUGCACGCAUAGACCUGACUGAUUGGCUGAAGGUCACCCCUGUUCGCACCCUUGAGGAUCUUCUCCUUGACCGGUAUCAGGAUAAACAUGCUGCGCUCAAGGCUAGACUGAAGCUUGAGGCCCUCAAGGGCCAAACAUGGAGGUCAUCCAUGCAGGCUUUGGAACAGCACUUGACUGGUCUAUUCACCACUCCGAAUCUAGGAAUGACUGACGUGUCUUGCAUGAAUGUAGUCAUGGGAGUGGCCCCUAAAGAAUACCUCUCCCUGCUAGCACUCAAAGACCAUGCUACCUGGCGGGAGCUCAUGAAGGACCCAGUCGACCUAGAGGCCAAGGACCUCGCCAGGCGCAAGAAGGCACCCGCUGCAGGUGGGAAACCACAACGCAAGCGGUUUGGAAGCAGCAACCAGCUUGCACUGCAUGAUCAUCGGGAGGCCGACGAUCAGUCCUAUGCGGAUGAUCUGUCUCUAGAUGACGAUCUAGAGCCGGACUCCGAUACGGGCUGAUUGCUAUCGUCUUCAGGGAAACAGGCAAGGGGCGUAGAGGAGUCAUCAGCACUCUCUACAGCAAGGGAAGUUGGGAAGUCAGUUGCAGGCCCUUCCGAGGAGCCUGAAUCUGAUCAGCAGCGUUCUCUUGAAGCCCAAACUAAUGUUGAAUCGAAGGCUGACGCAGUCCAAGUAUUGUACACUGAGCCUUGGGAGGAGUCUAAAGAGGUCGACCUCCACGCCCAUAUGAAGCAUUGGCUGCAGCUCAAGCAGCAACGCCGUGUUCAAGGGAGCGUGGAGCUGAUUUUCUUUAAACUACUCAUUAACCGCCGAUACAUCCGUGUGCUGAUUGACAGUGGUUCGACCACUAAUUUCUUCUCUCCGAACGGGAUUCGUAAGGCGGGCCUGGGUAUGAAGCAAGUGGAACUGCAGAACCCUUGCCGGACUCAGGUGGGCAACCAAGAGGUUGUCACUCCUACUCAUGCUGUCAAAGGUGUGCGCAUCAAAGAUCGCACUGUCACACAUGAGCUGAAUUUCUAUGUUCUGGACAAGUGUCCUUUCGACGCGGUCAUUGGCUUGGGCUGGCUMAAGGCUCAUUGCCUAAGGACCACGUGGGCAGACAACCAGUUCGUUGUACUUGAUGCCAAGGGGAACGAGCGUACCGUCUUACUAGACGAGACGCGUGAGUCCCCUGUGACUCUUCUCAGUGCUAACAAAUUCUGCAGCAAGUCCAUGGAGGAGCACGUCAAGCAUCUCGAGGAGGUCUUGCAAGUCCUCAAAGAUGCUCAACUGCACCUCAACUUGGAGAAAUCUGAGUUUGGCAGGGACAGCGUCAUCUACCUUGGACAUCGGUUGUCUGCAAGCGGUCUUGAGCCGGAGGCAACCAAGGUUGAGGUUAUCCGCAACUGGCCUCAACCGGCGAAUGUACGCGAGCUGCGUUCUUUUCUUGGUUUGGCUUCUUACUACCAGAAGUUUGUGCCUAAGUUCUCUGUCAUUGCUCACCCACUCUCACGCCUUACUAGUAAGAAUGUUGCCUAUGCGUGGUGUGAAAAGUGUGAGACUGCGUUCCAAGCCUUGAAAGAGGCUUUGGUCCACAGGCAUAAGCCUUAUGGCCUACCGAGACCUCUCCCCAUUCCUGAUGGACCCGGUGAAUCGAUUUCCAUCGAUUUCACGGAUAUGGGAAAGGUGAGUGAGGCUGGGAAUUCACAAGUCAUGGUCAUUGUGGACCGCUUCUCCAAAUUUCCGAACUUGAUUCCUCUCCCUCCUCACGCCCCGACUGAACUUGUAAUAGAAGAAUUCCAUCAGCAGUACAUUCUGCAGUCCGGCGUCCCGAAAACUAUUGUGAGUGAUCGGGACACCAGAUUCAUCAGCAAAGAUUGGAAAGACUUCACGUCUCAGAUCUACGACAUCAAACUGGACAGGACUUUUGGUCGACACCCCGAAGCCAACGGAUUGGCUGAGGAGAUCAACCAGACUGUCAUCCAAUUGCUUCGCGCACUAAUUGUUCCAGAUCAGAACAAGUGGGACAAGGAAUUGCACAAAGUGAAGGGGUUGUACAACAAUUCCAUCCAUUCUGCGACUGGUGUGACACCAAACCAAUUGCAGUAUGGAUGGCCUAUGCGUAAUCCCCUCUCCUAUCUGUCCCCCGAACGGUCACCUGGUCUGAUGCCCGGCAUGCCUGGCUACAAUGCCAAGUACGCACUCUUGCUCAAAGCUGCUACAGUAGCUAUGAACAAGCGCCAGCAUGCCAUGAUCAAACAUGCCAAUAAGCUGUGCAAAGAGGAAAAAUUCAAAGUAGGGGAUUAUGUUUGGGUCAAAAUGUCUGAGUUUUCUGAUGAAGAGGGCAUAUCACAGAAGCUUCUUCCACUGUACUACGGCCCUUGGCAGAUUCUGAAGGUUGAGAGGGUCAGCCUUACAGCCAGCAAGGAGUAUGCUCUUGAAAAGGCUUUGGAUAAGAUGGUUUCUGACUGGGACGGGCGUUUGCCGAUCGCGAUGGCAAUCUCGGAGUGGAUGACCCCGGGACUUUGGCGCGAACGCAUUGCGUACCCUUUCCCUCCAUGCUUGCUGCGUGUCUCCGGGUGUCGAAAGUUCACUGUCAUUGACGGUGCGACGAGAAACGACUUUGAGAGUGAUCCGUGGAUGACGGUCGUUCCGUUCUACAUCACUCCCGUCAACUUGUGGCAGGAGAAUGAAUUGGACCCGGGUGACGAACAACAUGCCCGGACUGUGGGGAGCGGUCAAGGGUCUGGUGGCCGUGGUCAAGGGUCUGGUGGUGGUCCGAGCGGUCGAGGGUCUGGUGGUGGUCAGCGGACCCGCACACAAGAUACAGUGCGGGAGGCAGGUUCGGGGGAGAGGUAUGUGCAUGGACAGGCAGAUAAAGUUCCCGUCAUAGACUACAAAGAUAAAUUCUGGAUGUUGGACUGGGUGGGCGAGGCGGGGCAGGCUGGAAGUGGUUUGAUGUUGUACGUGGUGUUCAGAGAAGAUAUUAGACCGAUAGGUGGUAUUCAGUCUUGGGCAGGGAGGGAUGGUCCGCUCGCCACUUUCGAGUUAACUAUGCAACUCAACGGCAAAGGCCACAAAGUUGCAGAGAUGAACCAUGUUGUUCUCAUGUGGAGAAACCACAAGGGAUAUGAAAAUCAGAUCCGGCUGCGGCUUGCUCGACUCAAUCCAAAUGUUUCUCCAUCGAGAGUGGACAUAAGGACGAACGAGGUUUUUCAGGAGCUCAAGGCAUUGCGAAGACUUGAGUACUUGGAAGAAUUUUAUGACAGACAAACAAGCCCGACAUUUGGAUAUAACUGGCGCAUUGAUCAGGGCGACGAGACCGGUGGGAAAAGGGGACAAGGCCCUAGCGGUGGAGCGAGUGGAGAGGGAGGUGAACACCCAAGUGGUGACGAGGGCGGAGGUGACGAGGGAGGAUGUGAUAAGGGAGGUGAUAAGGGAGGGAGUGGUGAGGGUGGAGGAACAUCUGAAGCGCCUGGGUAUAGUCAGCCAACAACAGGCACAUCAGAAGGGCAAGCCCAUCGUCACCAUGAGAGAAGCGCUAGUGGUGUAGGAGGGCACAUCGACAUUCGUGGUUUGCCGCAGGUCAAGCUGGCUACUGCAGUGGAACAGGUUGACGAAGGAUGUGAAGGUGGGCAAAGUGUCACCACAACACUCACAACUGUCACAGUGACAGAUAAUGAAUGGUGUGAUGGCAGUGGCGCAAGUGUCUUCCCCGUAGGCGAGAAGGGCAAUAUUGGUAGCCCACAAGGCCAUAUGUGGAUUUCUAUGGAUAUUUUGCCAUAUGGGUUGGGAAGCCAAGGGCGGCUCAGGGCAUCAUUGGAUGAAACCAUGUAUCUGGCGGAAUCGGACGAGCAACUCGAGGCUCACACUCCACUUGAUGAAGAGACACUCAGAGGCGACUUAGAGAUUCCUGCAGAAUUUCAAAGUCCGAUAUCAGAGGAGAAGGCACAACAAGGGUCUCGGGAGGCGGGUACUGUAACAGGCUACCAGGAGGAAGCUAUGCUUGCGGAGGAGAUGGAACCGGGCGGCGAGCCUAACAGUCCAUUUGAUGAAGACAUCCCUGGCAGCGACUUCGAUACUGGUACUGGAUGGUCUCAGGAUUCGCCUAUUGUAUUCGAUACUGCUAGGAAGAACGACACUCUUGAGGGGCUUGUGGCGAAAGAAGCAAUUCAAGUGCCAGACAUCGAAGAGGAUGAAGGACGUAUUGUACUGACUACUCCAGAGCAACAGGCACCUGUGGAGGAAGGACGAGAAAGUACACUUCGAACUCCUGUGCAGCAGUUCUGCCCAUCUGUCAAAGUGAUAAACAUCGAAGAAUCCCCUUUCACAUCAAGAAAGUUCGGAGAUGCAAAAGAAGACGGUUCUCAAGGGAAAACCGCAGUUAGUCGCCGAGGUGAGCACUUACCUUACGAAGUUAAUAUAUGUGUAAUAUUGUACCUAGAACGAGAGAUGAUUUUUCAGUUUUGCAUGCUGUUGUGCAUUGGAACUGUUCCAUCUUUAUUUGCAUAUAUGUAGUGUGCCUUAUAGUGCGUCCGAAUCGGUAAAUAAAGCACACGAUCGACU